ACGACAACAACUGAAACAAACAAACAUGUAUUCAAAGGUGGUAAUCUUCUUGUGCGCUGCGGGUAUCGCGUCCGCCGGCAAUCUUCUUCACGCGGCGCCGUUGACAUACAGCGCACCUGUAUCAUCUGUUUCGUAUUCUACACAAACAACUGGCCACGCUGCCCCCAUCGCAACGUACGCCGCUGCACCAGUUGUUACUAAAACAAUUUCUCCAGCUGUAUCUUACCAGACCAUCUCAACUCACUCCGCGCCUGCAAUCGCCUACUCAUCACUCGCUCACGGCUCUCCUAUCGCGUAUGCAGCAAGACCAGUCGCCACUUAUGCUGCAUCUCCUGCUGUGUACUCUUCAGUAGCACAUGCCGCUCCCGUUGCGUAUGCAUCUGGUCCCAUCCUAAGCAAAACUUUGGCCUCUCCUGCCGUUUCCUAUUCGUCACCUCUGACCUACGCCUCCAGUCCGGUUUUGACUAAGACUUACGCAGCUCCGGCUUUAACCACAUAUGCUGCUGCUGCUCCUGCCAUCUCCACUUACGCCACGGCUCCCGUUCUCAAAUCUGCCGUCACUUACUCCGCAGCCCCAGCCGUUUCUCAUGUCACCUACACCGGCUUGGGAGCGAGCUACGGAUGGUAAAUGACGAUUGGUUAAUAAUAAUAAUUUACUUUAUUAAUAAAAUAUUUUAAACGUUA